AUGGGGGAAGAUGCCCCGGACUCGGACACACUCAAUAAAUUCCUGAGACAGCUGGCGAACUUGCGCAAGACUAUUUAUACCACUGCUUACUUCCGGAAUGAUGGGGAUCUUCUGCAGGCAUUCAGCGUGCUGUACAAAAGCGCCCUCGGAAGGUGUACCGUGGCAUAUCCGCAGGCCCCCCAGAUUAUUCAAAGCUACCUCAAUGAUCAACUCAGGUCAUUGAGUACUCCUCAGACGCUGAUUGGCGCUCCCGGAAAGUCUGCUCAAAUCGUGUCGCACUCUCGCCAAUUCUCGCACGCGGCCGAGCCUUCAACCAAACCGCGCUUUGCAGAAGCCAGCGCUCGAUCGGAGCCAGUUCGAGCAGUCCCACUUCGGUCGGAGCCGGUUCGACCGGAGCCAGUUCGACCGGAGCCGGUUCGAGAAAGCGGGGUGGGGGAAGCAGAUCGCGAGAUGAACACGAGCAGCGACGGAGGCCGCGUGAGUAAGGACAAGGCGGAGUACUCGAGGACGGACGUGGAGCCGAAGCCGGUGGCCGCUGGCCUGUCGUCGAGUAGAGAGACUCCCACUCGAUUCGACGCCACGGGGGCCCGCUUGAGUCGAGGUGAAAGCCGCGUGCCAGAGAGUCGGACGCCUGACCGGGUGACGGACCGCGGGGUGGACGGCGUGGGGGAGCGUUUGAGUGGUUCGCAGCGGCGGUCGUUGGCGGACGACUCAGCCCGGCGGGACUCGUCUUUGAGUCGGAGGCAGCCCGAGUCGCAGAGUGCGCGGAUGCAGGAUACGCUGCCGGGCAAAGUAAUGCCUCUAGACGCGUCAGAGACGUACUUUCUGCUCCAGAGCCUGCCGCCAACGAGACAGACAGGGGUAGAACGACUAGCACACCCCGCGCUCUUGAAGCGAUCACAAAUAAACAAACAUUUCAAGGUCAUCACCGCUUUGGAUCGUUUCUUGCCAGCACACUUCCUCAGCAAUAAGCGCACGGCGCCGGUGGAGGUGACCGAGAAGAAGAAACAGCGAGUCGCUGCCGACAAAACUCCAGAUGCAUCCUCCAGAGUCUCCACCUCCCCGGUCUCCACCUCCCCGGUCUCUCCCGUCAAGACAACGGAAGCCAGGACCAAUGAGAUUAGGGACAGUGAGGGCAAAAGGACUGAGGGUAAGACUUCUCGAAAGAUUGGCCGUGUCUCAACGGCGCCACAGGAGAGAUACCAUGAAGAUACGGAGGAAGAGAAUUCCAAUCACGUCCACCCAGAGCAGAGCGACCGGGCGACCAGCCGAUCCUCCGGCGACGUGAUCCUGGUCGAAGCUGCCGGGUUGAGGAGCCCACAGACCCGGGACCUACUGGAGAAACCGAUAGAUAGAAAUAUGCUAUUCCCUAGCAGCUCGGAGACACUCGCACCAGAACCGGCUCGACUCAAAACUUCAGGGGGGGCCCUCCAGUUGCAAGCGUCCCGAGUUGAGGACGCCCUUGACGACAAAGAGAAGGCCCUAGCGGAAAUCCGACGCAUGGAGGAACAAGUCCUGCAGCGACAGAAGGAACUCGAACUCGAACUAAGUCGGAGGAAGGAAGCGAAAAAACAGGCUGAGGAAACCGCUAGACGGCACGGCGGUGCUGAAGAGAGGCAAAGGGCCGAGGAGAGGCAAAGGGCGGAGGAGAGGCAAAGGGCGGAGGAGAGGCAAAGGGCGGAGGAGAGGCAACGAGUUGAAGAGAGGCAACGAGUUGAAGAGAGGCAAAGGGCCGAGGAGAGGCAAAGGGCGGAGGAGAGGCAACGAGUUGAAGAGAGGCAACGAGUUGAAGAGAGGCAACGAGUUGAAGAGAGGCAACGAGCGGAAGAGAGGCAACGAGCGGAAGAGAGGCAACGAGCGGAAGAGAGGCAACGAGCGGAAGAGAGGCGCAAGGCGAAGGAGGUGGAGAGACGAGAGGCUCAGGAGCGAGCCAAGGAGGUGGAGCGGCAGCGCGAGUUACUUCGCGAGCGGGAGCGGCCUAAGGA